GUUUGCGAGGAAACCAAUUGCGAAGAAGUGGUAUUUCCGGUUGCGAUGAAUUUUUUGGACCGCUUUUUGGUCGGCACUGAUAUACGCAAAAAUCAGUUACAAUUGGUUGGUGUGGUCUGUCUUCUCAUAGCAUCUAAACUAAGACAGUGUCAGAUACUGGACCCUCACGUCUUGAGUUAUUUUACUGAUUAUUCAGUGAGUGUUGAAGAGAUUAUUGGUUGGGAGUUAUUAGUGCUAAGAAGACUACAAUGGGAUGUAUCAACAGUUGUGGCCACUGAUUAUUUGGACCAUUUGUUAGUCAGAAUCCCAGAAAUUAGUCCAAAACAGAGCAAUAAUUCACACGAAUAUAUGGAAUCAUUAAUCAGAAGACAUUCCUCUACUUUUAUCGCUCUUUGCACUACUGAUAUUUAG